CCCACAACACAGUAAUGCCAUUCUCUCCCUGGCACACUAAUCUCUGCAAAAUAAACGCAAAUCAAAUAAAUAAUUAACAGUUUGAAUAUAGGCAAAAGCCAAAAAACAAGCAAUCAAAUUGUGCUAAAACGCUCGUUUAAAUAAAAUCUACUCUAGCUAGCCGCCGUCCCGUACAACAAUCAAUCAAUUGUCGAAGUGGUUUUAACUAAAUAGAAAAGCACGCAAAAAAAAAAAACAACAAUACAAAAGUGGAAAAAAAAUGAAGCCAUUGCGCCCAGAUUUGGCAACCAUUUAGUGUGAAUUAUGAAAUUUCGGGACAAAUAAAACAACAAUUAACACAACACAAAGGCAUUGUAAAUCAUCGCUUUUGUUGUUAACAUUACUGGCAUCCUUUCAUUAAAAGCUAACUUCAAAAAAUCGAUUUUAUUGAGGUUACUUCCUUCCAUCUACUGCCCUUAUUACUGCAAACUCUUCGCAUUGUAGUUUUGGGGUAAAUGGGGAUUGCCGGACGCCGUUGGCAGAAGCAGCCGCAGCUGAAGUGUUUUGUUUGACCCCCACCCCAGAGCCGACAGCAGUAGCAGCAGCCACUACAACAACAGCAGCAAACACAGAGACAACGACGAUUUAAAUGCAAAAAGAAAAAAAUUGGCUGUUAUUGCUACUGGCUGGCUAAUGCGAGGAGAUGAGUGUAGUAUUCGGUCGAUAAUGUUACUUUAAUACGGUUCACGUUCAGAGGGCAGGGCAAAAGUACAAAGAAAAUCAUUUGGUGCUAUGUACAACAACAACUAAAAAAUAGCAGCAAAUUAAUAUAACAAACAAAAUUGGCAUUGAAAACGGCAGUUUUUUCUGUAUUUUUUUUUUAAAUUGUAAAGCAACUUAAGGGGUGAUAUCAUGCCUAGCUCUGCCUUAUACCGUCCACUUGAAUCCGGCAAUGGCACAAGGUCGAACCAGACCUCAACCGGCGUAAGACCAUCCUUCUCGGGUGGUAAUAAAGUGCGUUCCUUGUGGCCCAAAACAGCCAAUAGUCGUCGCUUGUUUGUGGUUGUUUUGAUACUAAUGACCCUAUUGAUUUAUGUUGUUUGGAGUGCAGUUCUCAACGAUGCGGAGGAUAGUCGCGGAUCCUAUGGAUCGACCACAGAUGUACUCGACAACAAAUUGGCCAAUGAAUCUCCGACAACGUUGUGCGGUGAGUCAUUUAAUGACACACGCCUUUACAUACAGGAUCGCCCACGACAGGAAUGGGCAAAUUUAAGUACAAUUUACUUUGUCACCCCCACAUAUCCGAGGCGAGAACAAGUGCCGGAAUUAACGAGGCUGGCCUAUACGCUGCUGCAUGUGCCGCGCCUGCAUUGGAUAGUGGCCAAUGAUCACAAUGCCUGCAAUCCUUAUUUGGAUACUUUACUUAAUCGAUUUGGUAUUCCCUAUACCCAUUUGGCAAGUCCCAUGCCUCAACGUUUCCACAAAGCCGAAUCCAAGCCAAGAGGGGUGGCGAAUCGACGUGCCGCCAUGCAAUGGUUGCGCCAGCAUAACAUAACAACCGGUGUGCUGUAUUUCGGCGAUGACGACAAUACAUAUGAUCUCAAGUUAUUUAGCGAAAUACGUGACACCAAACAUGUAUCCAUGUUUCCUGUGGGCCUAAUUGCCAAUUAUGGCAUUAGUGGGCCAGUGGUGUGUAAGGGCAAGGUAAUUGGUUUCCUCGAUUCCUGGGUGGCUGGCAGACGUUGGCCUGUCGAUAUGGCUGGUUUUGCUGUUAGUCUCUCGUAUAUGGCCGAACAUCCCAAUGCAUCGAUGCCCUAUAAACCGGGCUAUGAAGAGGAUUAUUUUCUGCGCAGCAUUGGUUUAACACUGGACAUGAUUGAACCGAAGGGUAGCAAUUGCACAGAGAUUCUGGUGUGGCAUACACAGACGAAAAAUCAUGAACGCACAAUGGUCAAACUGAAUCAUGAGUAUUUGGAUGAUCGUUCGAAUUUAGGUGCUCUCUUUAAGGCUUUAUCGGAUAUGGGUGUGUCGGGUGCUUCCGAUAGUGAGGGUCAAAAAGCCAUCAUUAGCAAAAAUGGAAAAUCGAAACCCCUGGGCUAUUUCCUUAGCUGAGAUACAAUGCAAUUUGAACAGUUUAUACGCAAUUUAUUUUCCGUCUAAAACUGUUUUGUGGUCGAUCAACUACUACUGAGCUGCUUUCUACCCUCUCCCCCAUCCUUCAAUGAGGAAUUUAUUUAAACAUUUUUUUGUUUAGCCUAUUUUAUUAUCAUGCAGUAAACCCACCCCCUCCCUGUUAAUACUCUCUAAAUUUAUAAUUUCGAAAAUGCAAAAUUAUGUAUAGAUUUAUAAGUUAGUUACAAAUUUUAUGAUUUUUAAGAACUUGUUUGUAAAUUUGAUAGAAGUUUUUUUUUAAGAAAGUCUGUUUUCAUAGCAUAAUGUUUAGAUUAUAAAUUUUGUAAAUGGUUUUUCAUCAUUAUUAUUUUGUUAAAUACUUUUUGUAGUAUUUAUUUAAUUCUUUGCUAAGUUUUCUUUGUGAAGCUUGUGAUAAUAUUUAGGGUAUAUAUUGUAGAAUGUUAGAGGAAAAUGUAAGCAUUAAUUUUUUGUGGUUUGAGACCCAAUUUCAACAUGACUGGGUUCCCUUUUAGGGUCUCCGAAAAUCAUGGUUUUCACAAUCAUAAAAGUUGUGAUCUACCUUUCCCCAUUUUAAUAAUUGAAAAUAAUGUUUAACAAAUUAAACACCAAGUAUCCCGAAAUGCUAAAGAUCAAUCAACAAUGUUGUUUACGGUUUUGCAACAAAAAGACAAUUUUUCAAUACUAGGCCAUAAGUAUAGCUUUAAAUAUCGCCGCAUGUUGUUUAAGAAAUUUUUGCCAUCACAUAAAGAAAACGAACAAAAAGAAAUAAAGAAUUUUAGGUUGUGUUGCCAACAUAUUAUCACUGA